CCAUUAACUACUUAGCUGCAUUUGUAGGCAAAAUAUUUCCAACAUUUAAAUAACACCAUCAAGCAUAUACUUUCUCAUUAGAAAUUCCCUAAACUUUUAACUCCACACCCCAAACCCUCUCUUCUUUUCUUACUACCAAAAAUUCUUAUCUAAAAUACAGACGAGUCGAGUUGAGUCGAGCUAAAUUCUUCAAUGGAUUGGAUUAGAGGUCCCAUAAUUGGCCGUGGCUCAUCUGCUACUGUCUCCCUAGUAACCAAUUCUUCAGUUGAGCUCUUUGCUGUUAAAUCAACCGAGCUAUCUUGUUCAAACAUGUUGCAAAAAGAGUACUCACUAAUUUCUCAGCUGAAUUCUCCAUAUUUAGUCAAGUGUUUUGGCUUUGACAUCACUAAUGAGCAAAAUAAGAACAUGUACAACAUGUUCAUGGAGUAUAUACCAGGUGGGACCCUCACUGAUUUGAUCAAGAAACAAGGAGGUUCUUUAAAUGAAUCUAUGAUCAAAUUUUACUCUCAACAAAUCUUACUAGGCCUGGAUUAUCUUCACUCAGUUGGAGUUGUACAUUGUGAUGUAAAAGGGCAGAACAUUUUGAUUAGUGAAAAUGGUAUCAAGAUCGCAGAUUUGGGAUGUGCGAAAUUCCUUGGAGAUGAAAAUUCAGGAUUUUCAGGUACACCAGCCUUUAUGGCACCUGAAGUUGCUCGAGGCGAAGAACAAAAUUUUCCAGCUGAUAUUUGGGCUUUUGGGUGCACUGUUAUUGAAAUGGUUACAGGUUCACAUCCUUGGGUUGAGAUUAAAGACCCUGUUUCAGCUUUGUAUAGAAUUGGUUUUUCCGGUGAUUUGCCUGAAUUGCCAAACAGUUUAUCAAACGAUGCGAGAGAAUUUAUCAGUAAGUGUUUGAUGAAAUGCCCUGAAGAGCGAUGGACUGCGAAACAACUUCUUCAACACCCGUUUUUGCAGUAUUUAGAGUUGAAUUCUUGGAAAGAUGAAGAAUUGAAGAGGGAUUCUCCUACAAGUAUUUUGGAUCAGGGAUUUUGGAAUUCGUUCGAGGUGAUGGAAUCUUCGCCUUUUGAGUCUAGCAACACUGUUGAUUCGCCUGCUGAUAGGAUCAGACGGCUGAUAUCAAGCUCUUUGAAGCCUAAUUGGGUGGAGGAAGAAGAUUGGAUUACUGUUAGAUGCAAUGAUACAGAAGAAAAUUUGAUAAUUUCAGAGCAAAACUGCGAGUUGAUCGAAGAAUUUGGAGAAUUGUUAGAUAUGGAAACAUCAGUGUCAACAUUUUUUCCUGAACAUGAGUUUGUUGUCUCAUUAGACUUAGAAGAUACUUUGGUUAAUUGUAUUAUUAACGAUGAGAUAAUUAGCAUUCUUGAUACUGGUAGUACUAGGAUAAAUUUGAUGAUGUCUUCUGAGAUUGUAGGUGACAUUUUUGUAUCCGAGUUUAAUGAUUCUGAAAUAAAAAGGAUGAAAUUUUAUUGUACAAUUGAAAUUCUUUUACUGAAUUCAGUUUCUCCUCUUGUGAAGGUUUCAUUUGAUACACUAUUAGGCAGAGUAAACAAAUCUUUAGGCUAUCAUAUCAUUAAUAAGCCAACUGGGGAAAUGCCAGUAUGCAUUAGUUUGUAGCAUAGAAAAGAUUCU